UCAACAGCAACCAUGUUGGACCGUUUGUCCAGACGGAUUCGGUAGGAGUUAGGCGCCAUACCCGCCGUAAGGAGACUGGCUAUUCGCUACUCCUUCCGUUGUUGCGCGCUUCUUGUCGGUCUGCGUCCAAUGAAAACCUCGUUGAUAGGCAAGGAGGAGGCACGGCCUUGGCAUUAUUGUAUGAACCAGGGUAAAAGCUCUUUAAAGCAGUGGAUCUGCUGUACUCCUCGGAACUGGCCUCGUAUGAUGAGAGAUCGGACCAGUUGCCCCUCAUGGCCUGCAGAGAAAAGAACAGAAAUCUGCCAGGAUUCGAAUGUCAAGUCUCUGUGACUAGACGGGUUGUGUAUUGUGUAUUGCACAAGGCAAAGGGGAUGACCAAUGAUUUGAAGCUUGCAAGAUAUGCAAUGGCGCCAAGAAGGACGACUCAUAGUUACGUGAUCCUGGCCAUCCUAGUUCUCCUGGCGAUCCUGCCAAUCCUACGAAGAAAUGCGUGUGCGUGUCAUGGGUAUGCCGCUUUGGAAAUUCAGGGAGGAUGGCGAUAGUCGUUGGACGAGGUUUGUGACGUGCAGGGGGGAGGGGGGUCCAAGCCGUUGGAACCUUGGCCGCGUGUCGCCCCGGCCCAGCAUUCCGCGUCUGCGUCUGCAUCCAGCUCCCAGCCC